UUCCUGGUGGUGCGGGAGGCGGAGCUGCAGCCCAUGAACCCCGAGAGGUUCGACAUGAUGGAGGACAUGGCCAUGCUCACGCACCUCAACGAGGCCUCCGUCCUCUUCAACAUGAGGCGCCGCUUCAGCAUGUGGAUGAUCUACACCUACUCCGGUCUGUUCUGCGUGUCAGUGAACCCGUAUAAAUGGCUGCCGGUCUACUCCUCCGCGGUGGUGGCGGCCUACAAAGGGAGGCGUCGCCUGGAGACCCCCCCCCACAUCUACGCCGUGGCCGACAACGCCUACCACGACCUUCUGCAGAGUGAGACCUCCAACCUCUGA